AUGAAAUCCUUUUUCGCAAUACUUGCUAUAUUCUUGUCAUUCACGCUUUUGACGCUGAGCUCACCUUUGCCGGAGAAAACCGGUCGAUCUGCUUCUGUUAAAUUUGAUGGAAAGGUUAAAGGAUUUGUCAAGUUUCUUGAAAACAAGGAGAAACAAUCUACGACAGUUACCGUAAAAAUAUUCUCUGGGUUGACCAAUCUUACUGGUCUGUAUCCGUAUCAUAUUCACCAACAUCCAGUACCGGAAAGCGGCAACUGUACCUUGGCUGGAGCCCAUCUAUCACCCAACGGGUAUCCGGACGGUGCGCCAUGCGAUCCUGCCACUGCCUAUGCUUGUCAGGAAGGUGAUUUAAGUGGUAAACACGGAAAACUCCCAGGGUCUAAAAACGUAGUGUUUCGACAGUAUGAAGAUCCCUUCUUGCAAUGGGAUGAUCCUAAUGCUACAAUACGUGGACGAUCGGUUGUCAUCCAUUACCCCAAUGGCAAGUAUUAA